GUCGCGCGGAUGUGCGUCUCUCACGCUCCUCCGCGCCUUCCUUGCUCUUGUCACGCCGCUCAUGGUGUUACCUGUGGCCGAUUUUGUAGUUCUGCACUACCAGCUGCGGCUUUCUGAGGCCUGGUUCCUCCCGAACUCUGUACCUCCAUGUGUCGGCCAGCAAUGAUGACCAUGAACCGUCUUUUGAAACCUGUAUAAAACUUUUUUUGAUCUUUGACUCUGGUUCGGAUCCAAAUGCCUUAAGACUAGAGACUCAAAACAUGUAAUAAAACUUCAAAUUGAACCAGAAAUACAUUAUAUUUGCUUCCUGUUUAAAUAAAAGUAUUUAUUUUACAUAGAGAAGUGUUCAGUAGAUAUGUAGAAGUCAAAAUCUUCCUCUCUCUGACUCAUAUUUCACGAUAAUCUUGACAGAGGCUGACUGUCACAUUAGAUAAACUGGCACGACAUCUCAGGGGAUAAGCAUGAAGACAGUCCCUGUCCUCUCCAGCUGAUGUCUCGGCCUCUUGGUCGGACUUUACAUGUAAACAAUAACAAUUGAGUGAAGGAGGAUUUAGCGUGUGGCGUUUGACGCUGUCAGCCUAGUGUCUGGAAACUUGCUUGGUGUCCGGAGCAACUCUUGGUGUCCGGAGCAACUCUUGGUGUACGGAGCAACACUUGGUGUCCGGAGCAACACUUGGUGUCCGGAGCAACACUUGGUGUACGGAGCAACUCUUGGUGUACGGAGCAACACUUGGUGUCCGGAGCAACACUUGGUGUACGGAGCAACACUUGGUGUACGGAGCAACACCUGGUGUACGGAGCAACACCUGGUGUCCGGAGCAACACCUGGUGUCCGGAGCAACACUUGGUGUACGGAGCAACUCUUGGUGUCCGGAGCAACACCUGGUGUCCGGAGCCACACCUGGUGUCUGGAGCAACAGUUCUGAGUCGCGGAGAUAUAAUGAAGGUCCAGUGACGAGAAGAAUCUUAACAUAUACGAGAGAAAAACUGAAAAAAACAAGAGUUAAUAAACUAGUGAUGAAAUAAAUAAUUUCUGGCGUCACACUGGCGAGAAGCACCAUUAGUCCCACUGACAGGUUCUGAACACGUGCCUGCGCCACCUGGCCAAGUGACAACUAAAUUCCCAACACUUCAGGUGCCAACGGCCGCCAACAGAUAUUCGUGACUAAAUAUAAAUGGUAGUGAUAUACAAAUGUUAUAACUAUUUACUAGGGGCCCCCGUUGUGGCUAUAGAGUCUACAGGUGUUAUCCGCGCGCAUAUUUAGGGUGUUUAUAGGCCCGCAUAUUAGGAAAUAAACUUUAUUCCAAGUGAAGCCUCUUCAAAACUAAACCUCGAACUGGAAUUGUUUUGGUAUCCGUGCUUCUCCUCUCUCUCUCUCUGUGGUGUGUUUUGGGACUCGUGUGAAGCACAUGUAACUACACUCCUUGUCCUCCAGGGGGUGUACUCUGAGAGGUGUACUCACCACGAGUGCCAGGGAGGCCUACUAACUACCAGCCUCAAAACACCGAACGAGAAUGCCAGGAGCGUUUGGCUCGGAGAAGGCCUGCAGCAUCCACGUGUCCCAGUCAGAAAACUCGACAGAGUUCAAGGUGAAUCUGAAGAGCGUCUCCCUGAAGUCUUCCGGCAUGUUCACCUGUGAAGUGAUUUCUGACGACAACUUCGAGACCUUCAGAGAGUCCGCAAACAUGACGGUGAUUGACCCGCCUGACCGGAACACGGCGGGGAAGUUUGGACCAGUAAUCGAGGUGGCUGGAUGGAGCGGGUCGGGUCCCCUGGAGGUGAGAGAUGGGGAGCAGGUGGAGGCCUUGUGCCUGGCCAGGGGUGCCAACCCCCCCGUACAGCUGGCCUGGUUUAACAACUAUACUAAGGUCCCCAGGGAACUGGUACGACCACAGCCGCCCCGGGCGGAGGGGUUCAACACCUACACGUCGACCCUGUCCCUGGUGGUGUCCCCGGGCCAGCAGGUGUGGGACGACCAGGGACGACUGGUACUCCGCUGCGUCGCCGAUAUCCCGGGACUGUUCCACGAGACGGCAGACCUCGAGGUGCACAAUGCUGCUUUCAGACGGGCUCAACUUUCAGGGCUCUUCGCUGGGGGGCGUAACGUGAACGGGUCUCCUGUCUUGGUGACGUGUAUGUUUAUAGCGUUACUGGUCCGUCACGCCGUCACACAGACCAGGCCCUGUUCGUAACACCUGUGACGCCAUGCCAAGUGCGACACCAGCAAUGCCACACCUGUAACACGUCACAGCUGCGGUUCGUCACGGCUGCGGUCCGUCACAGCUGCGGUCCGUCACAGCUGCGGUCCGUCACAGCUGCGGUCCGUCACAGCUGCGGUCCGUCACAGUUGCUGUACAUCACCUGCAAUUCAUCACUGCUGAAUUACGUCAUAUUUGGAGCUACACACCUGUUGUACGUCACAGCAAGAGUGCGUCACAGCUAAAGUACGUCACAGCUGCUGUACAUCACCUGCUGAACGUCACCCGUAUAGUGCGUCACACCUACAAAAUGAUACAGCUACAGUACGUCAAAUCUACAGUACGUCACUUAUAUAUACCUCACAGCUACACCACAACACCUCCAAUACGUCACAACGGAGGAGAACUUUUACUUAAUUCUACUUUGAGACUCUCAGAGACUCUUUAGAGACUCUCAGAGACUCUUUAGAGACUCUCAGAGACUCUUUAGAGACUCUCAGA